GAAUCUCCACUCGCGCCUUCUUCUAAAAAAAAACACCAUCAUUUUCUUUCUGACUGAGGUGCAGAAAGCGCUUGUUGUGGCCAGGCUAGCGGCUCAACAACAAAUCACGACAGGAAGGGGUAUUUCUGUAACGCCUGUGGUCAAGUUUUGAAAAACAAAACAAAAACAACAGCAAACGGUUUAAUUAAAACCUUGUCGGAACCUGUGGGUCCCCGGGUCUACCCGAUGAGCAUGAGCCAGACUACAGAACCCACUAACGAUGGCGCCACUGUUACAGAAGAGGCUAAAAUAACGACGGAUGAGAAGGAGAAGGCGGCAGAGGAAGUGUUAAAGGAGGCAGAGGAAGAAGAGGAGGAGGAGGAGUACGUGGUGGAAAAGGUCCUGAAUCGGCGGGUGGUAAAAGGCAGAGUGGAGUACCUUCUCAAGUGGAAAGGGUUUUCUAAUGAGGAUAACACUUGGGAGCCAGAGGAAAACUUGGACUGUCCAGAUCUGAUAGCAGAAUAUCUACAGAAACAAAAAUCGGCCCACGAGGGAAAGAGGAAAGCAGCCGGAGACUCCGAGGGCGAUGAGAGCAAAUCGAAGAAGAAAAAGGACGAUAAUGAGAAGUUAAGAGGCUUCGCUCGAGGCCUGGAGCCAGAGAGGAUCAUCGGAGCCACAGAUUCUACAGGAGAGCUCAUGUUCCUCAUGAAAUGGAAGCAUUCGGAUGAGGCCGACCUGGUGCCAGCAAAAGAAGCCAAUGUGAAGUGUCCACAGGUGGUGAUCUCCUUCUAUGAAGAGAGACUCACCUGGCACUCGUAUCCUCCAGAGGAGGAGAAAAAAGAUGAGAAAAACUGAGGCAUGGCGACGUUCUCGACUCGGCUGGGGAAGACGAACGAAAAGACCAGCAAGACAUUUCGUGGACUCAUUCGUCGUUUUGGUGUUCAACUCAAUCAAUGCAGUCAUUUAUGUGUCCUUUCUGGUCUGUGUAUCAACAUUCCUUUCACCUUCGUUUAAAUAUGGCAUUCAAAACCGACAGCUGUUCAAUGUGGGAGAUUUUUUUUUUUUCCGGGAAAACUGGGUUUGCAAAAUUAAGUGAUUAUCGGUUCAUUUUAUCAGUGUACAGAAACUGAAUUAUUCUCAAAUCAUUUUCUAAUACAAAUUAACGAUGAGCUACUGAGCAUUUAAAAAGUUAAAAUUUUAAGAUAUGCUUGUAAUCUGUUCUAAUAGUUUUUUUUUUUCUCCUGAUAUUUUAGAUUGGGCAUAAAAAGAGCCCAAAGCAGGCAUGUUUUUUUUUUACUUUGGAUCGUUUAUGAGGUGGACAUGUUUGUUGCUGUUCUGCUUGUUUACAGUACGAGUUGUUUAUUUUUUUUUAUACCAGUUCGGGUUUUAUUUACAUAUGUGCAGAAAUCCCUGUUGUUUUUGUUGGGCUUUUCCUUCUCCCCCGUUUCACUGUGACAACCAUAUUUUAUUUCAGUCCCCUCCCAGUUAAAAUCUCAUCUAAACCUCCUAUUCUUUAGUCAUUAAAUUGUACCACGGGUAAGAUUUUGUUCACUAAUGUAGAAUGUCACUGUUUUGCAGUGUUUGCAUUCAAAAACAUUGAUAAAAUCAGAGAAACUUGUAUUGUUUUGGUAUUUUA